AUGGCUGCCCUGGGGAUGGGCAUCGUUCUUCGGUGCUGCAUCUUUAGGGAGGAGCUCUCGGAAAACCAGGCUCAGAGAAGCCAAGGAAGUGACUCGCGGUGGCAGAGCUCGGUCUACAAGCCGCAUCGCCAUACUCUGCCUUCCCUGCUCUUGGCACCAGAGAUCUCCGAGAAGUCGGGGUCUCGCCUGUCGACCGCCUACUGCCCUCCUCCCCUCAGACCUCCGGAUCACUCCAGUUCGGUGCCAGUGCAGGGGAGAGCGAGGCGCAAGGAAAGGGACGAAGCAACUGAGGAGAAGCGACAGCUUUCAACCUCCCAACUGCGCACGAGUCACCGUCGGGAGGCUCCGGCGGAGAAGGCGGCUCCCCGCUCCGCAGCGCGCUUAGCCAGGCACCGGCGACACCCCGCGCUUGCCGCUGCCCCUUGCGUGCCGCUUCGAACGGUGCCCGCCGGCUCUGCGUCUCCCGGCCUCCGAGGGCGCGCCCGCUCUGCCCCCGCACUCUCCCCGCCCGCGCCCGGGGCGGAACCACGAGCACAGGUCCCUGCCGCUGCUGCUCCGCGGGGCGCCUGGCCAGCCGCUCGCGCCCGGGGCCCGGGAGAGGCGCUGCCGGCCGGGCUGCUGGCGCGAGCUGCCGCGCCGUUGCUGUCCAUCGCGCUGGUGCUGCUCUGCUGCGCUUACGAGGGAGCCGAGCGGCAAGCGCGCGCCUCCGGCGUUUUCCUGGUGAACCUGUUCCCGGGCCCCCUGCUGCCGGGCGCUAGGCCAGCCCUUCGUGCUGCCGCCGUCGGUCCCGGCGCGUGCCAGGCGGUGGGUUUCCUGAACACCUCGGCGGCGUCCCACUCGGUAGGAGGGAGCGCGGACCAGCGGCUGGCGCUGGGUUUCCCGCUGCGCUGCUUGCUGCUUAGGCCCGGCUGGGGUAGGGCGGAACGGUUGCCGGCGUUCACGUUCGAGGUGCUGUCCUCAUCACAGCUCAGCGACAGCCACGCCUUCGGGUCCUGCUCGCUUCCCCGACCCCAGCCCGAGGGCUGGCGCUUUGCCGCCUUCACCACCCCGCUCCUCGCUGUGGGCUUUGCGCUGCCUUCCAGGUGCUCGGCCUCACCUCGCUCAAGACGUUGCAGGCGGUGGGACAUAGUCACCAUGCAGGUGCUUGUGCUGCUCUACACCCCGGGUAGCCGCCUGCGCGUCCCCGCCCGCUGGAGGGGCUCCUGCGCUCCCCACUGGCAGCUGGCUCACAGGAGCCUACAGGCACCACCGCCGACCCCAGGGGUUCCACGCUCGUGGCCAUGGCUGCCGGACUCCUGCUCAGUUCCCAAUAGGCUAGUGGAGCUCGUGACCUCGGUCACUGUUAAUGCUCCCUGGGGCGUCCUGAACCAGCGCCCGGGCUACGGUAAGGCGGCGGUUGACCCCUGCGUGUGCCCCCAGCUCCCCCAGCACUUCCGCCAGGUCCUGGCCAGCUUGGCCAACUCGCACCCGGCGUCUGCCCACGGCAGCUCUCUGGACACCGAGAGCAUUGUUUGCCUGUGGCAGACAACGCUGAGGGCCUGGCCGGGACUCAUCAGACCCUAGUGGACGGGGCCCUGGUCCUGCCACGGGAGCGCUGGUGGGGACCCCCAAAUGGCGGCUUGGCUUUGGGCAGAGGUCGUGGGGGGCAGCGGUGGCGGGGUGGAGGACGUAGCACCGGCUGUGGGUCGUUUCAGCCCCAGGCUGGGCCGCGUGGCGGCCGGGUGGCCCUAGGACAGUGGCUGUCCCUCUCCGAGCCUCCGUUUCCCCACCUCCUUUCUCAGGCUGCAGGGGUGCUUCGGGACGGUGGGUCGGAAGGCACCCUUUGCAGGGCCGCGCGCACGUUGGGUGUCCCCCGCAGGGACGGCCGCUGUUAGGGGCCGGGUGACCGUGCUUGCUCAGGGUCCGUUGGGGUGGCCCAGCUUGACGCCCGCUCCUUCAGCCUCCUUGUUAAUAUUACCCCCUUGCUCGCAGCAGCAUCCGGGUCUGAAGGGUAGAGUCUCUGGGAGGCUGGCGUGGGGCUCCCGAUCCCACGGCUGCAGUCUGCGGUCAGGGCAGGACACUCCAGCGCAGGCAGACGGGGUCGGGAAGUGCCCGUCUCUGAGAAACUUUGCGGUCGGCUCCCCCUGCCCCCCUCUGUCCAGCGCGACGCACGUGGGCUGGGCUCACCGGUCACACGUGCAUCCUUCCUGCCUUCUUUUGUUUACUACGAAGGGUCGGAAUCUUGAGUGGGGAAGGACGUGAGGAAUACGUUUGCACUCAGAGCCUGUUCUGAGGACGACGUAAGAGCACGCGAACGCCGGCUCUUCCUUCAAGACCACCGCGGAGGCUCUGGACCACGUCCACGAGAUGGUCGAGGUUCCGGCCACAGGCAGAGCCCGGGUGUGCCACGGGACAGCGGCCGGGAGAGGGGGGCCCCCGGUCCCCACCGCAGCCGCUCUGCUCAGCACUGGGGCAGCUGGG